ACGCUGCUUGUCUUGCAUCAUGGGUCUGCACCGGAACAUCGACCCAAACAGGAAGCUUUUCCAUUGGUGUGAUUAUGAUAUUCACAUUAACGCCACUGGAUGUAACGCCUGUUGAUAACAUUGUUCAUUAUCAGCAGAAACGACACCGAAGGCCUCCAGAGGUGUGGUCACUUGGUGAAGUCAGGAAAACGAAACUUUUUUCUUACAGGCUUUUAUGAGGUUGGCUGAAAGCUAAAUCUCAGAAACUUUCUCAGAAAGCGAUUGCAUUAGACAAAUCCUGGUAACGAAUCCUGGUUACGAACUGACAAACAUGCUCAAAACCUAGGCUAAUUGUUUACAUUUACAUUACAGUUCUUUAUUGGAAACUCAUGACAGACGCUUUAGCCACAAACGGACCAGCCUCCAACGAACGCGGAAGUUUAUCAUGAUCAGAGAGGAGCUUACUGAGGUCCUGUGCCAGUACAGGUCAGACACUCUGAGCCACAUAGCCACUCUGAGGGACUUCUGCGACAGGCACUCAAAAUGGAGCCUUCACAGGGAGACAGAGCUGCAGAUGAUGACCGACAUCAAGGAAAGGACUGACAGAAUCGACCUGACCUUCAAGCACGUCAGAGAGUCUCCGAACAAGUGGAAGGCGCUGGGAGAGUACCUGAAGAGUGGCCUGACCCAGGUGACAGCAGAAAAGCGAAGGGAGGAGCUGGAGAAGGAGCUGGGGGAGGUGUUGAAGGACACCCUGGCCGGGCUGGAGGAACUGGACCACUUCCUGGAUGCUGUGGAGAGGCUGGCGGUCACUUCUGUGUCUGUGUUCGAUGACGAGUGUCAACAGUUUGGUGACCAGGAAGUGAGCCCUGCCGGUGUCCGUGAUGUCAUCACUGCCUCACAGGAAGCCUGUCCUCUGCUGGUCCGGUUCAGGAGGAACGCACGGGACUUCUUUCUGCCCAGCCUCUUCAACGUGCAGGUGUUGGCUAUCCAGCUGGACUCAUACAUACGCAGCACCCAGCAACUCUGUGACAAGCUGGAGAGCAUAUUGAUGACAGCUUCACAGACGGAGAGUGAACCAAGUCAAUGGAUGUUUUGGAGAAAGAAGAAGGAGGAAAAUGUCGACCUUGGAGCUUUGGAUGACACGUCCGUGUUGAAUAUGCUCGUCCAUCUCAAAUACCUCAGUGAUGUCAGGACCAACCCGGACUUCAGACUGGUUUUCUUGUUCCAGGAGGAAGCUGAAAACUUCAUGGAACUCUUCAUCCAGAGCAAGCCCAGAAUGUUGCAGUUUCUGACAGACCUGGAGGGGAGCGCUGUCCAGCUAGACAACAUGAAGCGUGGGGCCCAGAUCUCCACUGUGGCAGGCAGCUCCGUGGGGGCGGUUGGAGGGGUCCUGUCCAUCGUGGGCCUGGCUCUGAUCCUCGUCACAGCAGGGGUCUCCCUGGCUCUCACCAUGGCUGGUGUGGGCAUGGGGGUCACCAGUGGGGUCAACAGCGUGGUCACCACAGUCACAGAGACCGCCGUCAACGCCACUCAACAGAAGAAAGCCAACGAGUUGUUCCAGAGUUUUAUGGAGGACGUGCAGAACCUCCAGGGGUGCCUGGAAGAUGUGGCCAAAAAUAUGGUUCCCGUGGUGAGUGAGGUGGAUGCGACCGCGGGAGCAGGGAAGAUCUUGGGGAAAGGUUAUGCCAUUGGGAAAGGAAUCGACUCCCUGAUUGAUUGUGCCUCGGGUAUGAAACUUCUGAGGAGUGAGGAUGCGAUUGCUGACCUGGGACAGGCCGCUAAAGGGACGCCCCUCGCCCUCUCCAAGGCAGCUCGGGGAGGGUUCAUCGCUCUCAACGCCCUAUUCAUUGGCCUGGACGUGUUCUUCAUCUGCAAGGACAGCGUCGGCCUGGCCAACGGCAGCAAGAGUGAGGUUUCCCAGCUCAUCCGGGCACGAGCACGGCUCUGGAGCUCUGAACUGGAGUCAUGGCAGAAGAUCCACGAUUCUCUGCAGAGAGGUCUGCUCACGUCCCAGGACAGCCAGAACCUGCUAGAGAUGCCCUUUUACCCCCUGGAGGAGAUGACCAAAGGGAAGAAGACGUUCUGGCAGAAAUUCAAUCUCUUUCCCUCUUUUUCAAAGUCCUAGCAUUGGCCUGACCAAUGGAGAUGAUUUUUCUCAUCUCAUGUUUUCUAUUUCAACACUAAAUUCAAGACUGUCAUUCAAAUGAACCCAAACCUUGCUUUUGCACAUCAAAUGAAUAAUCUACUGUGUUUGUCUUAUUUUAUUUUAAUUCUUUGUUUAUUUGAACAAUUACUGUAAUUGUCUAUUACUUUAACUUGAACUUUUUUUAAACUUUUAUUUCACUAAACGUACGAUUUUCUCAUACUGUCAUGAUAUUAACAAGGGGUUGCUCUGUUAAGGUAUUUCAUGUAUACUAUCAUGUAUACUAAUAUUGCCACACUCCUACAUUAAAGACAAACAACCUUCUA